AAGAAAGUCUCUUCUUAGCAAAAAUCGAGUUUAGGCUGAAACUAGGCGGUUUACUAGAGUAGAUUUAAUGUUGUUUUGGACCGUGUGUUUGUUUAAUGAUUCCAUAAAGUAAAUGGGAAGUUUUUCAUGCACACAACAGUAUGUCUGUCGGUUUCAUAAUGAUACGAUAGUAUACCCGCUCAACUGCUUACCACACAUAAUUAAGCGCUUAAAUUAUUAAUACUGCUGGUUGGAAAAAGCGCCUAUUGUCCCUUGACAAUCGGGUAUAAAUAUUAAAAUUCUCUCCUGACAAAAGCCUACAAAAGAGAAUAUCAUCGUGACACGCAGUGCAUUAUCCUUAAAGGGGCCUUUUCACAGAUUUUGGCAUUUUUUAACUUAUUCAUUAAAUUCUUUAUAUUGAUAAAUGUAAACAUUGGAUCGUAAAAGCUCCAGUAAAAAAUCAAGAAUAAAAUUAAAAAAAGGAAAAGAACAUUGCCCGGAGCAGGUUUCGAACCAGUGACCCCUGGAGUCCUGCCAGAGUCCUGAAGUAAAAACGCUUUAGCCUACUGAGCUAUUCCGCCGAGUAUACUUACUUAACGUAUUGUAUACCUUAGCAAUAUUCGUAGUUUCACAAAAUUUAACGACAAAAACAGAACUCUCCAAAUUAUUCAAUCGUUUCGCGUUGCAACGCUUUAUAAUUUUUAGGUUUAAAAAUCGUCAAAAGAUGCAUAUAAUGGCUAUAUUAGACCAUGGUAAAUGUUCAGUAUUACUGUUACCUCACAAAUAUCAUAACUAAAACGAAAAUUUGCGAAUCUGAAACAACUUUUUCAAUUUUGUCAAUUUACCAAAGCGUGAAAAGAUCCCUUUAAUACCGUUUACAAUACUCGGACUACCAUAAACCAGAUAAUUGAAAAGCGUUUUUACUCUUUUCUAUGUUCAUUCACAAGAGCGGGACGUGACGGCCCGGAUAAUUCGAUUUUCCAUACGCAAUUCUGUGUACACCCGAAUACACCUAUAACUACCUACAUUCCUCUACUAAAGAGCCUAUAUUUAUUAUUAUAAAAUCUCGCCCAGUGCGAAACGGAUUGUCGUAUGUUAUAGCUUUAUAAUUUACCAGUGAAGCGUGUACCCACAGCUAACCACCGAGUUUAUUUAAAAUACUACUUUGCCCACUUACGUGCCUACUAUUCGCUUUGACCGCUUUGGGACGUUGACAGUGGUUAAAUACCAGCUAUUUUCAAGCAUAAAACUAGUGUCGGACGAAAGUACAUCUGUUUCGGAACUCGCUGAAUUCCAGGCUGAUUGCGUUUCUAGAAGUGAAUACUCAACACGAGUAUCGAUCUGGAUUAUUGAAAUGUAUCUUGACGUGUUUUGUGGGCAGUUUAACUAUUGGAAUUAAUUUGUGGAGCCAUUGGCGGUGCACCUAUGUAUGCAGCGAUGUUUCGUAUGAAAUAUUAGUUCCUGUCGACAUACCAGACGGUCAGCGUAUGACAUAUGUUGACAACAACAACAAAUAUUCAUUAUGUGACUUGUGCUACCGAGUGUCUGUAAAAAAAUUCGAAUGUAUUAAUUAUUCUAUAAUGAACUAUCCAAAGACUGGAAUGUACAUGUCGACCUAAUUUUUAUAACGAACACGAUACCUGUCACAUAACAAUAGUUUUCAUCUGGGAUCAAGCUUAGAUACACCCUACACGAAAAAUACAUUUUCUUGCAAACGGACCUAAGCAUAUGGAAUAACACAGGAAAACCAAUAUAGCAAGCGAAGCACGAAAGAAUGUGCUUUAGUCGAUAAAGUCGUUGAAUUAUGAAACUGAUCAAACUUGUUUAACCACUGGAACAAUAUUUUAAUGGAUCACGUACGUUAUUACCACGAAAUUAGAGUUCUAUUAAUAUACUGUUGAAUCUGAUACCUGUUGAGAAAAGCAAACGGGAUUUCACGAAAAUACUAAAGGUAUUUAUUUGUUUACCCGUGUGUGUCAACAUGGAUCCUAACAGGAAUUUUUACUCCAAUAUGGAUUUAAGUAGUUCGGGGGAUUUUCAAUCCCCCCUUAAUAUGCAGUCGAUACAGAACAUGACGCCGGAGCAGAUCAUGCUAUUGAAGCAGAUUAACGCUCAGAAGAUACAGGCUCUGCAGUUGCAGCUAGCGCAGACGACCCUACAGAACUCAAAUGCCGGACUGCCGGGACUUGAUCCGUACGUGUCAAACUUCCAAGCGUCAUCUAUGAGUCCCCCGGCGUCCGUUUACGCUCCUAUGGGCCAUAUGUACAGGUCCCAUGUGCCGGCUAACGAUCAAGGUCACGUUUACUCCAUGAUGCCGACGACUGCCGCGAUGCCUCUGCUCAGAUCGCCUAUAACACAUGUACCGGUCAAUUCUCCCCUGAACGUCAGCAUUAAUGGCCCCGUGCCAAUGACACAGAAUGUGCCAAGUUCGGUUGUAAGCGAGGAUUAUAAUCACAUGGCUUAUCCUAAUACGUCGAUGAAUAUCAAUACAAUGACCAACCACUCUCAUAAUCAAACGACUCGGUUUAACAAUGUACCUGACAGCCUUCCUUUGCACAAUGUCAAUCGACCAAAAGACUCCAGUUUUUCUAGCAGCAACUAUAGUUCCUCGGCGGCGUCGACACCGCAGGAUUCCCCGGGAGUUCCGAAGAAACCAAGUCAUCCAACCGACGUACCCAAUGGCUCACGUUACGCGGGUGAACGCCCAAGACAACGCGUCUCCUCACCGCCGCCUAUUAAACCCCCGUCACGUAAAAGCAGCACCUCGUCCGCGUCGAUACCAGGUUCUCCGGGCAGUUCCGGUCCUAUGUCGCCCGAUGGCGGAAUCUGGGCUGAUCUAUCCGAACAACUGUCGCCUAACGGGUCCCCGAGGAAAAUGAACGGUGAUGCUAGACAGGCGCAAAUAAAAAACAAACCUCUAAAAAUGGAAACUCGGUACCCGCAAGACAAGUGCUAUACCUGUUUGAAAAAGGUCUAUCCGAUGGAAAAACUGGGACCCGUCAAGGGCGUUGUGUACCAUAAAACGUGUUUUAAAUGCAAAAAUUGCAAUACCAAUCUUACGCUAAAAAACUUCACACAUAGUCAGAUAGACUCGUUCGAUUUGUCAGUGUACUGCAAAUCUCAUCAGCCCCUUUCCUCGGAGAAGGGAACGAAACUUGAUACACAGAGCUUUGAGAUCAAAUCUGCGCUGCAGGCGCCAAAGAAAGAUGUGAUCGCUGGGGAGGCCAACAAGGUGCCCGUUCACACGUACAGUUAUGACGUCAUGUGUCGCCAGAUCGAGCACGCGCGAACUGCGCCGGUAGCGGAUCUUAAGUCAGGGGUGAAAGCGAGGUCAAACGCAUGGGAUAAAACAAACAGGGACCAAUACACGGAAUUCCCUUCCAGUGUUGUUAAACACGAUACCCCAGUGGCGGAAUAUCACGAAGACGAAUACAAUAGAUAUAAGAUUGAAACUGAGCCGGAUUAUACGUGACGUCAGUGUGUGUGUGUUGAACAGAAUAAAAUGUCUGGUAACUGUCCGCUAUGGUGUUAGUCUGUGAAUUAAUCACAAGGUCAAAAAUCAAAAUGUCAUGCUUAUCAAACUUUAAUCUUUAUAAUUAUUCCAUUUCUUUAAAACGGGUAUGGUGAUACUUUAAAACGAAUUUGUCUUGCCAGGGCCUUACUCGUAAAGCUGUGGCGAAAAUGUUUACGGUAACUUGGUUGGCGUAAGAUUACGUGUGUAUCAUUAUAUGAGCCUUGUUCUGACAAAACUGGGCUUAAUGCAUGUGCGUAAAAAUCCAAUUAAGGCGGAAAGUGUCGUCCCUUAUUAGCCUGUGCGGACUGCACAGGCUAAUUUGGGACGACACUUUCAGCAUAAAUUGGAUUUUUGCUAAGAAGAGACUUCAUUUAAACGAAAAAUGUCAUUAAAGCGGAAAGUGUCAUCCCUGAUUAGCCUGUGUGGACUGCGCAGGCUAAUCUGGGACGACACUUUACGCACAUGCAUUAAGCCCAGUUUUCUUAGAACAAGGCUCAUAUAUUCGCCGUAUAACGUUAUAAUUCAAAUAACUUUUCAAGGAUAGUGCACGUGGAGAGUAGCCUUUGUGUGUCCUAUAAAUCGGGCAACGCAUUACUAUCUAUGUUUUUUUUGCACGACAUAACCAAAUAUCUUUGCAACAAGUCUUUAGAUAAUUUUGGAUUUUUUGGUUAUUAUGUACACAUAUAUACGCUUUCUGUAUGUACUUAUCAAGUAGUUUGUGAUAUAACUGAUUAUACGUGAUAUUACCGGUAUAUAUCUUACAUUGUACAAAUGAACGUGAUAUUAUUGAUUGGUGUGAGACUGAACUAAUAAAUGUCUUUGGACAUUAUUAUAUCGACCAUAUAAUUUGUAAUGUCUUUCUUAUACUAUAUUAUAAUAAUCUGCGCGUAAAACCGCAUGAUUUAUCACAUCUAUUUCUGAGUGUAUUUUGCUGGUAUUUUAUACUAUUUUAAAGUUACACGUGUUAAGUAAAUAGCGCAAUCCCACCCACUAUAAUAAACCCCAUAUCAGUACAUUUUAUAAAUAAAGAAGGAUAGUAUAUGAUAAAAUAUUAAUUUUCUUUCAUAAAAAUAGUUAUGUUGAUAACGUAUACUACUUUUUUCUUAUUAUCUCACAUGUGCACAACUUGCUUAUAGUGAGUUUUUUUUUGUGGUUGCCUUUUGAACAUCGUUCGUCAACAAUUUCAUAUAAACGACAUCUCAUUCUGGGCUUGUAUUCACCAAACGAUUGGAAUAUUCAAGCCUUCUUAUAUUUUGAGUCAAAUUUGGUAUUUACUGCCUCUCUCUGCAUAAUUCUUCAUUCAUUUCAUUCAUUAUGAUAUGGACAUUAAUACCAUUGUUUGUCUGUAUAUUUAUUAUAUACUUAAGUCAAUAUUCUGACUCAACUGCACAAAAAUAAUUCCCGUAUUAUGCUACUCGCUAGUUUUCCAAUUCCGUAUUACCAUACUAGCCGGGCUACUUUUAAUGACGUCACUUUGAAUGCAGAACAUUAUAAGGGCAUUCUUUCUUAAUUAUGAACGCUUAAACUCAUUUUUGUAAUUAAAUGAUUCAAAGUUGUAUAUAAUAAAAGGAAUAUUACGCUAGUCAAGUGUCCCAUGUGUUUGUAUCAGUCUUGUGGCUUGCGCUAUUUCGUAUGUCACCCGAGGAUCCGCCUCUCGUAAGAUACGUCAUCACACAAGCCACUCGACUGAUACAAGCACGAGGAACAAUUGACUAGCGUAAUAUUCCGUAUAUAUUGAAACGCUAGGCGUUUUUUUUCCGUUCUAUGUCUAGUCUGUAUCCGUAAGUCUUUGAAUGGGUUGGUUAAAACGGGCCCAUAACCGCUUGUGUAUGGUCACUUAAACGUACAGGAAUGAUCAUUGGGUGUCCAUUUUUGUUCUUGCAAUUAUUCCUGUUUGCUUCGUGUGUAGGUCGCCAGAGCUAUGAAUAUAUUAUAUAAGAGAAAAAACAACAUUGUGAAAACCAGUCGUGAUAAACAAUAACAAGAAGUUAACAUUGUAACAUUUUCGAGUGAUUUUUCUACAGUUUUGUUUUGAUUACUCAUUUCGGUCAACACUUGCCACGAUCCAAUGAAAACAUUGUUUGUGUAGACUCAUUAAGGUUGUGUUUUUUUUAUUUAUUUCUUGAAAAUACCAGUUGUUAAAUUUGGAAUAUAGCAUCGGAGAUUGGUUUUAUACAGCGUUUGUUUAAAUGAUGCACCUGUGGUCAUAACUGCUCAGUCUAUUGUUGCAAUAUCGACGUUGUGAAGCGCACUGACUUAAAUGUUUAUAACACCGUAUCAUUUAUGGUUCGCUACACAUGGUCAAAUAAUGCCAAUUAAGUUAAAGUCACGCCCUGAUAGUCACGUGGUUUAUUUACAAUUCAUCAACAAAAUCUUUUUUUAAAUUGUAUUUCUCAGGUGAGCGAUCUAGGGCCAUCUAUGGCCUUGUGUUUAUAAGUUGUAGUUUUUUUUGCAAUGUUACACAAAUACAAAAAAGUUGCACUGUAAUCUAUGUAAAUCGAAAUAAAUAACGUUUCUUUGAAGACAAUGUUGGGAAGCCUACUUGCUCAAGAAAUUUACUGGAAAAAAGCGUGUUUUUAGUGUUAAUAGCCCUAUAUACGUGUAUCACAUGUGUCUUGAAAUGUAUCGUUUAUAUUGUUUAAACUAUAUGUGUUUGAUAUUAUUCUAUAUUUACACCAAAUCGUGUCUUUAUU